CACGGCUUUCCCAGCUUUGCCAUUUUGUUUAGUUUUUUACUUUUCACUGCGCAAUUUUUUAAUAGCAAAAAUUGAUAUGAUUUAGAGAACUAGUACAACAAAAUGACAGCUAAAUAUACGUACGGCCCACCGCCAGACUCCGAUGACUCGGACGACAGCAGCUAUGAUGGUUUUUAUUUCUCAGAAAAGAUGAAGCGUGAGAAGAUUACGCCGUAUGUGCAGCCGGAACAAACACUCUACGAUGCUGUGACCGCUGGUGACUUGGAGCUGGUGCGCGAACAAAUCGUUGCACUCAAGUUCCCAGUGGAUAAUCCCAUGUGCGACGGUCAAACGAUGCUGAUCCACGCCUGCAAUGGCGGACACUACGAAUUGGCCGAGUAUCUCGUUGCCGAGCUCAAGGCGGACGUUAACAAAAAUGUGAACUCCGUGGUGCCGCUGAUGUGCGCCUGCGAUUGCCGAGCGACGGACGGUGCGUUUGUCGCCCAGAAGCUCGUGCAGCUGUUGCUGCAACAUGGUGCUGUGAUUAACGUGUCCGAUAAAUAUGGCAUGACUCCGUUUAUGUGCGCCUGUCGCAAGGGCUACACGUGUGUUGUUAAGAUCCUGCUGCCUGAGGUCAGUUUCGAUGCGAUCGACAAUCAGGGCUGCACGGCCAUCUUCCAUGCCAUUGAGAACAAUCAUGCGGAUAUUGUCAAGCUGCUGAUCGAGUCGGGCGUCAAUGCUAAGCUGGCCAAUGGCAAAGGUUAUACGCCCAAACAGGUCGCCGAAUUCCAUGGAUUUUACGAUCUGCUGGACCUAUUGCCGCACGAACAUGCCAGCUAUGUGGUUCCGUCGCAGUUCCUGGCCUACAGCACGUUGCGGGAUCAUGUGCCCCGGAUAUUCCUGAAGACCGAUUGUCCGGAGUACUUUCAGGAGCUGAGUAGUAUACUGAACUCCAUCAAUAUGGCCAAUAUGCUGGAACAUUUUGCCAAAUCCCGAAUCUCACUGGCCGAAUUUCUUAAUAUGGAUGAUCAGAAGCUGGCCAACAUUGGCAUUCAAUUUCCCAUCCAUCGCAACAAGAUCAUGAAGGGUAUACUAGACUUUCAUCUGAAUCAUUGGUCAACGAAAUCGAUUGCUCGCAUUAAAAAGAAUGAAAUGGAGAACUUCUAUGAGAUUCUGAUGAUCACCGCCAAUCAUCUGCAGCAUUUGGUGAUCAUCCAAGCAUCGCUUCAGUUCGUCAUGCAGAAUCAGCUGAAGGGCAAACUUGGUCGGCCAACGGAGCUGCAAUUGGCCAACUUACAGAGCAAUUUGAAAGCAUAUCGCGGCGUUAUAAACGAUCUAAGUCAAACGGUUAAAUACCUUGGUUCGUUUAGUCCACCAAAAAAUCCUCUUUAUAUUGACUACAAUGAGAUUAUCGCAGAGCGCAAAAGGCGUAAGGUGCGCAGUGUAUUUAAAUAUACAACCAUUGUUUUGGGCAUUUCCGUUUUUAUCUGCUUGAAAUGCAAAUGGUUAUUUUAAUCUCGCACAUACACAAACACACACAUACACCAGUUUACUACUUAUAGUAUUAGUUAACUAGCAUUUCCGUUAAAAGUUUAAAAUUUUAAACACAAUGCAGUACAAAUAAUGCUAAGAUUAAGAAUCUUGAAAGUUCUCGUUAAGUUCUCGAAUCAAAAAUAGCCAUAGUUACCACAUGCUUUACGAAAAAUAUUAUAUGAAGUUUAUUAUGUUUAACUAACAAUGAGUUAAUAAAGAAUUUAAUUGUUGAAAGAAAAAAA